GUCUCCCUCCCUGUCUCUCCCCGCCCACCCCUGCAGCCUGUGGAGUUGAAGAAGGCGUCUGAGGCUAAACAGAAACUCUGAAGACCUGCAGCCCUGAUCAUCUGUUCCUGCAGUCUACAAGCCCACCUUCUCAGGACCAACGUGUCAAUACCAAGUCAGACCGCUAGGCGGAGACAGCUGAAUUUUGGGGGAGCUGGUCGGAUCCUCCAGGUGCUGCAAGAGUGAACGAAUCAUCCAAAAGAUCAAUGAAUUAAGCUAAUCGUUUAAAAGGUCAGUGAGCGAUAUUGGUGCUGCAAGCUCCACUAGAAAAUGAACGAACCACUCGCUCGAUGAAUUGACGAUUGAGCUCCCUGGAUCUACUCAUUUUAUCCUCUAAAUCGAUUGGCCUGAUUUAAAGAUGUUUCUCCUGACUGCAGGGCGUGUUGGCAGCCUUCUGUCCAGACGGGCUCUGACCCUCAACACCCUCAACACCACCCGCACGGCCAGCCACGAACACGAGGUGUCUGAGCAGACCGACAUGUCUCUCCCCAUGUACUGGGACCGCCUGGACGUGCCCCUGCCUGACAAGCCCUACAGGGACGUCCUGAGCCCUGCAGACAAGACCCUCAAGCAGAAGGAACAGGGCUCCUGGAAGCAGCUCUCCAACCAGGAGAAGAUCGCCUUGUACAGGCUGAUGUUUAACCAGACGUACCCAGAGAUGAAGCAGCCUACAGGGGAGUGGAAGAGCGUGCUGGGUGGCAUGUUCAUCUUCCUGGGCCUCACCGGCCUGGUGGUGCUCUGGCAGCGUUACUAUGUGUACCCGCCCCGCCCCGUCUCCCUGGAGGAAGAGUGGCAGCAGAAACAGCUGCAGCGGAUGUUGGACAUGAGGAUCAACCCAGUCGAAGGAUUCUCUGCCAAGUGGGACUACGAGAAGGGCCAAUGGAAAUAGAGCGGGGCGGGGCCAGCCGGGCCUGGACCUAUCACCUGUGAGGGGAAAGUGAACCUGUUCCUGGAGCAACUUCCUUCGCCCUGCCGCCUCUACACCCUCCUAUCCCGUAAUAGUAGCUGUGCAUUGCCGUGGCGUUCUCAUAACCUCUCGUCCUUUUGUUGAUGAAAAAUGCAGGUGCUUCUUUUUUCUCUUCCUCCCUCUACUGUCCUUCAGUCUGUAUCUCCUCCACCACCUCCCUCCUCUCCUCCUCCCCCUCCCUCCCUUUUCCUAGUAUUUUCUCAGGUGCGUUGCCCUGGUAACGUGUUCAUAGGUGUGUUGUGUGGUGUAACAGCAUUUUUCUGGCAUUGUACUUGUGUGUUUGACACCUUCAUAACUGAAAUAUCACCGUGUUGAAUGUAACAGUCCAGACGGUCAGUGACAAUAAAAUGUUCUUGGUUGUAAA